UUACGUUUUUGCACCAAUCUCUCGGAGAAUCGAGUGAGAGCUUGAAGAAGGAAGCUCAGUUGAUCAGAUUAUCCUUUGAAGUAGGAACGGAAAGAAGGAUUCAGGCGCUCGGCUUCGAGUAGGAGUGACAUGAAGACAUCGUUCCUCUCUUUGAAGGGGAAAAUCUAGAGCUGAUUCUUCAGAUUUAUCUUCAAUACAAAGAACCAGGUUCUCAGUUUGAUUGACACUGGAGUUUGGUGGAGAGAAAGAUCUCUAAAAUUAACAGUUAUUCUGUUGAUUUAAUGGUUUUAUUGUGGAAUUUAGUUUUCGGAUUGUAAUCUUGGAAUGAGUCCUGCUUUGCUACCCAAACAUGUAGCUGCCGUAGUGAAAUAUCAGAAGGAUCCUAUCCGGGCCCUAGAUAUGUUUAAUUCAGCUGCUAAGGAAGAUGGGUUCAAGCAUACCUUGUUCACCUACAAAUGCAUGGUUGAAAAGCUUGGUUUUCAUGGAGAGUUCAAAGCAAUGGAGGGUGUUCUAGCAGAUAUGAGGUUGAAUAUUUAUAGUAGCCUAGUUGAAGGAGUAUACAUUGGAGCCAUGAGAAAUUAUGGAAGGCGUGGUAAGAUCCAAGAGGCUGUUGACACAUUUGAGAGGAUGGAUUUCUUUAAUUGUGAACCAUCUGUUAAAUCAUAUAAUGUGAUAAUGAACAUCUUGGUUGAAAACAGCUAUUUUGAUCAAGCUCACAAAGUUUAUUUGAGAAUGUUGGACAAAAAGAUUUUUCCUGAUGUGUACACCUUCACAAUUAGGAUGAAAUCCUUUUGUAGAACAAGCAGGCCUCAAGCUGCUCUGAAGCUUCUUAAAAAUAUGCCUUCCCAAGGGUGUGAGCCUAAUGCAGUUGCAUAUUGUACUGUAAUUGGUGGGUUUUAUGAAGAGGAUUAUCGAAUUGAGGCCUGUGAAUUGUUUAAUGAAAUGUUUGAGAAUGAUCUUUGCCCUGACAUAUCAACAUUUAAUAAGCUUAUACACACACUUUGCAAGAAGGGGAAUACCCAAGAGAGUAGGAAACUUCUCAACAAGAUCCUAAAAAGGGGGGUCUCCCCAAAUUUGUUUACGUUCAACAUAUUCAUUCGGGGCCUUUGUAGGGAGGACAAGCUAAAUGAAGCUACCCGUUUGCUUGAUCAUAUGGGUAGAGUAGGGCUUUCCCCUGAUGUCAUUACAUAUAAUACACUAAUCUGUGGAUUGUGCAAGAGCUCUAAGGUUGUGGAGGCUGAGAGCUAUCUGCAUAAGAUGGUAAAUGAAGGGUAUGGCCCUGAUGAUUUCACUUAUAACACCAUCAUCAAUGGACAUUGCAAAUUGGGUGUGGUAGAAAAUGCAUUUAAGAUUCUGAAAGAUGCUAUUUUCAAGGGGUUUGUUCCUGACCAGGUCACUUAUUGCUCCCUGAUUAAUGGGUUGUGCCAGGAAGGUGACAUAGAUAGGGCUAUGGAGGUGUUUAAUGAGGCAUUGGCAAAAGGGUUGAAAGCUAACAUUACAAUCUACAAUUCACUAGUCAAAGGAUUGUCUCAGCAGGGGCUUAUCUUGCAGGCAUUGCAGUUAAUGAAUAACAUGUUAGAAGAUGGUUGCAGCCCAAAUAUUUGGACUUACAAUAUUGUUAUAAAUGGGUUAUGCAAGAUGGGUUAUGUAUCUGAUGCUCAUAAUCUCAUGAAUGAUGCAAUAGCGAAAGGGUUCCUUCCUGAUGUAUUUACCUUUAAUACACUGAUUGAUGGCUACUGUAAGCAAUUCAGGCUGCAUAAUGCUGUGGAGAUUGUUGAUAGGAUGUGGACCCAUGGAGUUACUCCUGAUGUAGUCACUUAUAACUCUGUGUUGAAUGGUCUCUGUAAGGCUGGAAAGGCUGAAGAUGUCAUGGAAACAUUCAAAGAAAUGGUUGGGAAGGGUUGUGCUCCUAAUGUCAUCACAUAUAACAUACUUAUAGAGAGCCUGUGCAAAGUGAAAAAGGUAAAAGAAGCUUUAGAGUUAUUUGCGAAGAUGGAAAAUGAGGAACUAUCUCUAGAUGCUGUAAGUUUUGGCACAUUGAUUCAUGGAUUUUGUGAGAAUAGUGAUCUUGAGGGAGCAUACCAGCUCUUUAGAAGAAUGGAACAGCAAGUUCACUUUCACCCUGUGACUGCAACAUAUAAUGUCAUGAUAAAUAAAUUUUGUGAGAAACUUAACAUAAGCAUGGCUGAAAAGCUUUUUCAUGAAAUGGGUGACAGAGGCUGCUCACCAGAUGCUUUCACGUUCCGUGUCCUGAUUGAUGGCUUCUGCAAAACGGGGAAUGUUGAUUCAGGGUAUAUGUUUCUGUUGGACAUGAUUGAUAGAGGAUUUAUUCCUUCGUUGACAACAUUUGGACGGGUAAUGAACUGCCUUUGUGUGAACCAUAGAGUUGAUGAGGCAGUUGGUAUCAUUCGCCUUAUGGUGGGCAAGGGUAUUGUCCCUGAUAUUGUGGACACAAUCUUUGAGUCUAAUAAAAAGGUGGUGGCAGCACCUAAAAUCCUUGUGGAAGACUUGUUAAAGAAAGGUCAUAUAACUUAUUAUGCAUAUGAACUUCUGUAUGAUGGCAUUAGAGAUAAGAAACUACUAAAGAAAAGACAAAGAAAGCGACCUCAAAAUUCUCAUAUCUAGAGUUUUUAUUUAAUCAUUUGCUUUCAAUGAUAUAAUGGUUCACCUUGAUCUUCGAAGAUUCUAGGGCUGUAGGAGUACCAUAUACACAGUUGACAGAUACUGGAUCUGGAGGUAUUCUUGAAAGAAGUUUUGCAGAACCAGUGGUACUUUUGAGUGCUCUAUGAUUUUGUAUAUGUAAAGAUCUUAUUCUUUGUAUUAGGCUGAUGACACUUUCUGGUUGUUUUUUUCAUGUUUCAGUUCGAACUGAGUGAAUGGAAGAGUUUAACUCACCAAAUUACUGGCUGGUGCUUGAGUGAAAUUCUUUAAAAUGGUAUUAUUCAUCUUUUAGAUGCAGUCUGAUUUUAUGUUUUAAUACAUGAUUUGCAGAUCUUUUAAGGUACAUGAGAUUUUCAUGUGGGGUGUUUCUAUUUUUGACUGUAAAUUUGUUCCACACUCUUCCUUGCUCUUGUUGUAUGUAUUGGGGUUGCUUAUACUAGAAACCUGGAGUGAACAUGAAGAGAUUGCAAACAUAAAGGUCAGGAAGUAUCAUGAUAAGAUCAAAUAAGGGUGUAGUAGUGAGUGAGUUUUCACAAUACACCUAGCGAAGGUAGAAAAGAUGUCAUAUUUGUUAACUUUUACUGGAUGCCCACUUAAUUGAUGGUUAGCUAACUAUUUCUA